GAAGACGAUGGCCAUGACGUGCCAGGAGGAGGUGAACGGAGGAGGAGUGUUCUUGCCACAGAACUUGCCCAGGAGAUUGCCUUCGUCCUCGGAGACGCCGUUGAGGAGAACGGAGGCAAAUGACAGCUGUGCAAUCUCCAGAAACCUUGACAAAUGAUAAUGUGUUCUGUGGCUGCUGUUCACAAUAAAAAAAAUACAUCUGGUACGGUAAGCAAACUUCAUCCAAAAUUGUUUGUAGAGCUCACGUUUGGAAAAAAAACAUAACAGAAAAUGUAAGUUUGAAAUGCUUCUUUUUUCUAUACAAUUUAAAACGUUUCCCUACCUGUAAUUAAAAUAAAUCACCGGUAACAACAAAACAAACGGUUCUUACCUUUCUUUGUUCCACCCUUGCUGGGCAUGCAGAGUAAAUGAAUUAACACAGCAAUCCUAAUUGGGAUGUUCUGCAUACUUGGACACAAUAGCUCUAUAGCUCCAACAAGGUAAAAACACUCAUGGUUCUGAAAUGAAGUCAAGGGUUGUAGAAUUAAUAGUGGGAUUAAUAAUGUAUCACUAGUUUGAAUGAGUAACCGAAUAGGCCCUCUGACUCCUUCACUAAAUUUUAAUGGUCUGUAUCAAAUGUCUAUGAGAUUUACAUGGUACCGGUGCCAUGUCAAUAUACAUGAGUUUAGGGGAAAGGCAUAAAUGUUUGAUAUAUGGAACAAAGGGUCGACACCGAGAUUGCUAAAGAAGAGAUACAAAUUUGUGUUCUAUUUUGCCUUGUCCUGGUUAUGUAUGCCUAAACUUCAAUAUAUAGCCUACUUUAAGACAGAUGACAUUUUAGAUGAUAUUUUAUUUCAGUAAGUCCUGAUAGGGUUUUCUCUAACGUUCUAGAUCCAUUAGAACCAUAUUUAGGGAUUUCAGCUGCUUCAUGUUUUUCGAGUCCUUAAUAAUUCCAGUCUUUAAACACUGUUCUUAAAGUGUCUAUAUUUGUUAUGCACGUUUUGCCUAAUAACAUGAAACAAUUUCUAGAUUAUUAAACAGGUGCACGAAGAGGAUUCAGGGGAAUGUUACAUACCUGAUGUAUCUUUCUGGCUACUUUUUACUCAUUCGUAAGAGAUAACGCAUUCGUUAUUUAUUUGUGAAAAUGAUAGGCAAGCACCGAUAUAUAGGAGGCUGUGUGGUCCAGUGGUUAAAGAAAAGGGCUUGUAAUCAGGAGGUCCCUGGUUCAAAUCCCACCUCAGUCACUGACUCAUUGUGUGAUACUGAGCAAAUCACUCAACCUCCUUGUGCUCCGUCUUUCGGGUGAGACGUAAUUGUAAGUGACUCUGCAGCUGAUACAUAGUUCACACACCCUAGUCUCUGUAAGUCGCCUUGGAUAAAGACGUCUGCUAAAUAAGCAAAUAAUAAUAUAAUUGUAUGUAGUUAUUUAGGCUAGAUCACUUAUGUUAUGCGAUCUGCAUGGUCAUUUCUGUAUGGGGAAACAAACUAUAUAAGUAUUUGUAGACAUUAAUAAUAAUAAUAAUACAAAUGCGUACAUUUUUUUUAUCAAUUAUAAAAAGCAAGCCCAGAAAUUGCAUAACACUAUAACAGUUGCCUUACAAAGCAUAGAAAGUAAAAACCAAAAAAAAAUGAUGCCUUGGAAACUUGUUUACUUACAAAUACAAACAACAAAAUCAUUAAAUUAUCAUACUAACAAAAGUAUUUUCAUUCAUUCCAAUAGGCAUGAUGCUAAAUGAUCCUUAAUGGACUGAGACAAUAGAUUCAUUUUAUUAUUUAAAGUCCUGCGUGAUUAAAUGUCACUCAUGUCACACCUUUGGCAUGCCCUUUAAUGCAUGGUAUGCUGUUCAGCGUGCAACACAUUUUAAUGAUAUGAGUGAUUACAGUGCUUCUGUAUUUAUAAAGUUAUACAAGUGGCUAUAAAGUAUUACAGCCCUAUAAUGUGGAGUCCCUAAUAGUGUUACAUUCCAAGGCGAGGUUGGGGCGGGCAUCCUGAUUUGUAUCUGUAGCAUACAAAACAAGAUUGUGUCUCUCUUUUUUGUUGUUGUUAUUUAAUAUUAUGCUUUUUUUACAGUCCUCUGUUAUGGCUGCUAAACCCUCAAACCCUGAGCUUGCUUGCAAGUGCUCUAAAGCCUUGCAGGCUACGUCUCAAAGUAACGGGAUGAUCAGCCUCAGAGGACUACUAGCUGCACAGAAAUUUACAAGAGGGCUAAAGGAACACACUGCUUUAAAACUCGCCUCAAAUACAGGGACUGGAGCCCAUCUGCACAAGCGUGUCACUAUCAUUGAUGACCAGGUCCCAGACACUUCCUCUAAACCCAAAGAAAAAUUCUCCAGCACCCUCGUGGACAAACUGAUGCAAGAGUUUCUCCUAUCUAAGCUUGAAAAGGUUUCCUAUGAUCCAACCCUCUGCACCAAACUGACAUGGGAUCUCAGCGAGGAGAUCAAAGACAUGGUGAAGAAGAGCACCCCUCCGCAGUACAAGCUGGUGUGCGUGGUGACGCUGGGCAAGAAGGCCAAUGAGGACGCUGUGGCGGCAAGCCGCUGCCUCUGGGACUCGCACACUGACAACUUCACCUCCUACACCUACCAGAACCGCACCCUCUUCUGCAUCGCUACUGUUUUUGCUGUGUAUUCCGAGUGAAUUUCUUCUAUUUCUGCCUUUUGCUACGACGCAGGUAUCUCAAAGUGGACUAAUAACACCUAUAGAUUAUUGCACAAUAGCCAGUUAUACGACUUUUAAACCUAGCUUUAAAGUUGUUUCCUGUGGCACUAGAUACCGUUACCAUUCCUCCCCCUUCUAUUGUUGUAAAUCUCAUCUUUUCUACUUUUUAUAAUCUGAAAUAAGAAGUGACCCUUGGUUCUACCAUCUAAAAAAAAAACCCUACACUUUAUUUUGCUUUAACUUCCACCUGGAUCUGGAUGUUAAUGUGAGCUGGCCCAUAGCAGUUACCUUGACCAGUACAUAGAUAUGCUGGGAAAAUGUGUUAGCUGACAGCAAUGAAAGUAAGUAGCAAUCGUAGACCUACCUUAGCAUCUUCUGUUCCCCAUGAUCUACUGUUGCUACCUGCCUAGUUUCAUUGUUCAACAGCUCUAACUUUCCCUUUCAUUUUCAGAACUGCUUCCAUGACUUACGAACCGCAUUGCAGAUAGGAACCAAACAGAUGGUUAAACUGAAAAAAAUCCAAUGACAUUCUUAACAAAGUCCCUGAGCUGUCACUUACUGUUCAACAGAAUAGAAAGACAGAUAUAGACACCAGACAUUUCUUAAGAAAAGACACUCUUUAUUUCUGUAUGCCCAUGGGACCACAGGCUGUACAUAUCAAUACAAGACGAGUGGAUUUGUUUAGCUUUUAUUCUGCAUCAGCAAGGAAAAGAUCAUACACGUAAUCAUCCCCAAAUGCUGCUUGGUGAUACCAAUCAGUAGAAGAUUUUUUUUGUUACAGCUCUAUUCUCACUUAGCUUCUGAUGAUAAUACACAGAUCAACAUCCUGUUAUUCAACUGUUAUCGGACUGGUGAAGGGGGGGUUACCUUGGAACAGGACUAUACAAUACUGAAAGGCAGUAUGGAGCGGUGCUCUGAUCUUUUAUUAAUACGGAGGGCUUGCAAUAAUAAAGUGCUUUUCUAGACAUGCACCUUGUCAGGCUUUACCAAGCUCCCCUACAGUAAAACAAAGCACAGUUCAAACAGAGUACAACGACACAGGUCUGGUUAAAAAUAAAGAAGUGUAACAGUACAGCUGUGGCCAAAGGUUUUGCAUCACCCUACAGUAUUAACCUGCUGAGUAAUGUUACAUUACCAUAUUCAAUUACAUAUUACUGUAUUCAAUUACAUAUUACCAUAUUCAACUACGUACCGCUUAAUGAAAAACUGACAAACAUUGAAAAAUGUGACACUUUGAAAUUGAACAUGAAAUACUGUAGUACUUUAUGGCUUCUGGUACAUUUUUGCAAUAUCAUGUUGUAGUUUCUUGAUUACAUGAUGUUAAAUAAAAUAUCUAAAU